AUAGGAGCACCCCGCGGCUGACUCGGUUUCCAUGCCCGUCUUCUUCCGACCGGGGCAGCAUGAGCCGCGUGAAGCCAAUGGCAGCCAUGGCGGGUGGUGCCAAGCCUUUCGUCUGGUUCGGGCGGGCCUGUGACUCGCUCACCGAAGCGGAUGUUGCCACCAUUCGUGGCCGGCUGGUGCGGGAGCUGGCCCAUGUCUUGUCCUACAUGGCCGUGAGCGACCUCGAGAAGCCCAACGAGCCGGUGGUGGUGCUGUUCACUCGACUGCCGCCAGAGGUGAUCCGGCCGCACCUGAUCAACCCGCCCAGGGCCGGGGCAGGAGCCGGGGCAGGUGGCACCGAGCUCAGCGCUACGGAGACGGCGCGGCUGCGCUCGCUGCGGCGCGCCGUGGAGGAAGCCCGUGGCGUGCUGAACCCGCGCCUGCUGCUGCUCAUCCCCGUGGCCAGCCCCUGGACCUGGACCUUUGUUUUCCUGCGAUCCCACGAGCGGCUGCGGCCCGCGCUGCACCGCCUGGCGCCCGCCGCCGCCCAGCUGGUAGCAGACCGUCACGUGCUGUUGCUGCCCCGCCUGGCGGUGCUGGACGACCUGACGCCGGGGGCGGAGGUGGUGGCGCGGCUGCGGCACAGAGUGGCACAGGCGCUGCGGCCGCUGCUGACAUGGAUGGCGGAGGAGGGCGAGGUGGAGGCGGCAGGCGGUGGCGGCGGCAGCGGAGGGGGAGGUGGUGGUGGAGGCGGCGGGGGGCAGCCGCAGGCCGCGGCGCCGGGUCCUGAAGGGAGAGGAGGGGCUGGAGGCGGGGCGCCGGAGAAGCUGCCCGUGUUGUUCGUGGCGGCUGACGUGGACCUGCUGGCUCAGCGCUUCGUAACCGCGACGGAGGCGCCGCCGCCGCCGCCGCCGCCACAGCCGCUCAGCGUCUCCGGCGAGCGGUCGCCGGCGCCCGGCGCGGCGCCGACAGGCGGCGCCCACGCGCUGCGCGCCUCCCUAGACAUGUCCAUCGAGGGCUGGGAUGAGGCGGUGCCGGCGUACUGCGAAGCGGCGCGUGCGGCCGGCGGGCUGGGGGGCGGCGGCGGCGCGGCGGCGGCGGCGGCGUCGUGGGGCGCGCCCCAGAGCGAGGGGCUGGCGGACCUGGGCGGGGCGGAGAUGCAGCGGCUGCUGUUGGCCCGGGACCGCCUCUACGACGUCAUUAAGGUGAUGCGGCCUCGGCUGCUGGUGCUGGUGAACUGGAUCCGGCCGACGCAGUGGGUGGUGGUCCUGGUCAGGCGUUACUCGCGGCUGCUGGCUGGACUGGCCGCGGCGCUGCCCGACCGCACCGUGUACGUGUGGGCGCCGCGCCGCCUGCCGCGGCCCACCGACGCCCACCUCACGGACGUGUGCUACAGCAACGCCUGCCCGCGGCGGGGGCAGCUGCAGCCCGGCGUCAAGUUCUGCCCGCACUGCCUCACCGCCAAGUACUGCAGCAUAGAGUGCCAAAACGAGCACUGGCAUGCAGGCCACUGCCGCCUGUGCCCCCGCCUGGUAGAGAACAAGCUGGGCCAAGGAGGCGGAGCCGCAGCAGCGGCGGGAGGGCAGGGGCCAGCAGAUGGUGGGACCGGGCGGGGCGGCGGCGGCAAGGCCGUGUCUGCGUCCGCGGGCCCGGGCGCCGGCUUGCCGUCCAUAAACGCGCGCUCGUAGGCGCAAUCGCUGCGCACAUGAGGGAUUGAGGGCA